AUGUCUACAUUCGGGGAAUAUUUCAGAGUGACGACCUAUGGCGAGUCCCAUUGCCGGUCCGUUGGCUGCAUUGUGGAUGGCUGCCCUCCAGGAAUGGCCCUCACCGAGGAGGACAUUCAACCACAGAUGACUCGCAGACGGCCAGGUCAAAGCGCUCUUACCACGCCUCGAAACGAGAAAGAUAAGGUGGAAAUACAAUCUGGGACGGAAUUUGGCAUCACUCUGGGCACGCCAAUUGGUAUGGUUGUCCGGAACGAAGAUCAGAGACCCAAGGACUAUGGUGGAAGCACAAUGGAUCUUUAUCCCCGCCCUAGCCAUGCGGAUUUCACUUAUUUGGAGAAAUACGGUGUGAAAGCUAGUAGCGGCGGGGGUAGAAGCAGCGCUCGUGAAACUAUAGGUCGGGUUGCGGCGGGAGCUAUUGCAGAGAAAUACCUUAAUCUAUCACACAACAUUGAAAUUGUCGCUUUUGUUUCAUCUGUGGGAAACGAGCAUCUCUUCCCCCCGACUGCGGCACACCCCAACCCAACAACAAACCCCGAAUUCUUAAAACUCAUCGCUAACAUCGACCGACCAACGGUCGACUCUUUCGCUCCCGUAAGGUGUCCCGAAAAAGCAGCGGCGGAGCGCAUGACCAAAGUCAUCGAACUUUUCCGAGAUCAGAGCGAUAGCAUUGGCGGAACCGUGACGUGCGUUAUAAGAAAUGUUCCUGUCGGGCUCGGGGAGCCAUGCUUCGACAAACUCGAGGCCAAACUUGCACACGCGAUGCUUUCCAUUCCGGCAACAAAGGGCUUCGAGAUCGGGUCCGGGUUCCUUGGCUGUGAAAUUCCAGGCUCCAUUCAUAAUGACCCAUUCGUCGCAACCGCCGAUAACCAGAAUGGACAGACACCUGGUCAGAAAAGAUUAACCACCAAAACUAACAAUUCGGGUGGUAUACAGGGAGGGAUUUCAAAUGGAGCAUCAAUAUACUUCCGGGUCGCAUUCAAACCUCCCGCCACAAUUGGCCAGGCUCAAACGACGGCUAGCUAUGACUUCGAAGAGGGCGUGCUUGAGGCUAAAGGCCGACAUGAUCCUUGUGUCGUUCCCCGAGCAGUCCCCAUAGUCGAAUCUAUGGCGUCCCUCGUUGUUAUCGAUGCGUUGAUGGCUCAAAAUGCCCGAGAAGCGGCUAAAAACCUCCUCCCGCCCCUUCCUCAAACUACACCUACGCAUUCCACUAGCCAAAGAUAA